AAAUCUAUUUCACCCUUUCAUUCCAUCACAUUCUAUACCACUCACUUGUGUCUUAACCUUUGUUAAAUUUGUAGUACAACUUGUCAUCCCAAUUUUAAUAAUAUUUUGCACACAUCCCAGUUUAACAGCGCUAACAGCGCAGAACAAUAAGAUUCAGGCUAAUUUAGGGGACCAAUAAAACAAGACAAAAUGGCGUCUAUCGUGGAGGUGCCAAAGGCGAGUUUGGACGAGGCUGUCCCGAUAUGGAUGAAGAUAGACUGGUCGGACGAGGUGCUCCACGAUAUUUACAGGGACUGGGGCACCUACUAUUCACGUCGCCGCCGGGAGAACUUCGCGUUGCACUAUUUGAACAAAGCCCUUGCCCUGGAGCCCAUGGAUCACAUGACCCUGUAUAAGCGAUGUCAGAGCAAGAGGAAGGCUGCCCAGAUGCUAGGAGCUCUGGCCGACAGCCGGGAUGCUGCCAAGCUCGCUCUUAAGGUGGACGGCGAAGAGAAGGCCAUCAUCAAUCUGGACAUUUGUGAUGUGCUGUACGAACUGAAUCAGUUUGAAAACAGCAAAGCCGAAAUGCACAAUAACAUGAGAGUUUUUAUUGGCAACAAGAGAAAAAGCUUCGUUCAGCGUCAACUGGUGGUGGAUGGAGUGAUCAAAGAUGUAACUGGUGAAGCCAUGUCAGCUUUCUUCACGAAGAACCUAAAGACUGUGAACAUUGUGCACGACCUGAUCAAGGAAAAGGAAAGGGUUGACAGUCGACCCCUGUGGAAGGUUCUGAAGGAGCAGGGCAAGUGCGAUGUACAGAGUAUUCCGGAGGUCCCGGAAGAGAUGCUGUCGCCGAUGGAGAUUGCCCGGAGGAAGAGGGCCUUUAACAUCUACCACCAGUCGUACAUCAACGACUCCUGGAUCGACGUGCUCUUCAUGAAGAUGCUCUGCAAGAAUCCCAACCUUCUGCUGCCCCAGUGCAAGGAGUCGUCCUACUUCCUGCAAAAUCUCUCUAGCAAACAAUACGAGAUCGUUCGCAAGUUUAUGAAAAUGCUGCAAUCCCGAUGCCCACUCUACCUGGUCAAUUACCUGAAGUACAACAAUAAGGCCAUGUCCGACAGAUAUCGAGAGGCUUACCUGUUCCGCGUACAGUAUCAGACACAUCGGAACAUGAACCAUGCCCUCAAGCGAAUUCGUGCUCUUCGCAAGGCCAAGAAGGUGUCGGAAUUGGCCAAAUUUGUUGAGGAGCUGAUGGGCACCUAUGUGGUAUUGAAAACGGCCCGUGUGAUGUGCUGGAAGUUUGAGUUCCUUAACGAGGUGUACAAUACAAUGGCAUUGGCUCUGUCCGAACAACUCCGAGUGCCAAAGGGCUUCACUUCCCAAGGAAGUAACGCCAUACUUAGGUUGCUGCGUCUGCCAGUGGAACGGAUAAAGGAUUUCGUAUCGCUGACUUUUGGAGAUCGACAACCGGAGCCUGAGGGUAACGAUCCCGCCACUUUAAGAGCUAAGCGGUUAACUGCACGCCUGGAACAUCGAAUGAUUUUUGCCAAAUAUUCUAUCGAAAAGUGUUAUUUGUUGCACCAGAUCUCGCAGUCGUAUUUAGAUCAAGGACGACAUUCUGAGUGUGCUUUCAACGCUCGCAAGGCUAUUAAAGAGAGCAAGAACUGCAAUAGCAAUCUAUGGAAGUUUCUCAGCGUUGUGCAAAUAGUCAAGGCAAAUGCCAUUCUGCACAAGUUGGAACAGACUAGGGAGGCUCUGGACGAUGCCCUGCCCAUCGCCGAACACCUCAAAACUCGGGAACUGAUAUUCUUCAUCGAGACCUGCAUGAUGUGCAACACGGAGGACUCGAUCAACAAGCGGGCCACCCUAUUGCAGGCCCGGCGGGAGAGCAAGGCCGAAUCCUUGGCCACCCACUCCUUGGUUAGUGCUCCGGAUAACGAAGAUGCAGUUCAAGCCCCAGCUUAGUUGUAGUUUUCAUUUUUAUCAACUAUUUUAUUUUCUUCCCAAUUGUUUGGAGUAAAUUUACACUUGGAA